CCGUAUCCAUCGUGCAAGGUUAAGAUUGCGUGAAACAUUUCCUAAGAAACGACGGACGCGUUUCAUCAUCAAUACGCGAAUUAUUUAUACACGAAUCGAGUCGAGAUUUUGACAUAAGGAUUUGGAAUCUCUUCCAUGAAGAACGGACAUAAUAAAAUGUUGCAGAACAGAAGUAAAUGAAAGGAUAGAUGCAUAGUACUGAUUCUGAGAUGUAUAGAUUCAAGUAAGAAUCGUCGGAAACGCCGGUAGAAUGAGCAUGACCAUAAACAGAAGCAUUCUUGUUCUCGUUCGAAAUGGCAAAUAUCUUCAAAUAAGUUUCUACUAGAUCCUAGAUAUAAGAACGGUUGUUCAUGGAAAAAUUUUAUAACUUUGUGCGAUAUUUUUCAUGGAUCGAUGUGAUUCUGACAGGAUUGAGUUUUAUCGCGAUACAAAGAUGCUUUUCCAUUUGUGCGAUAAACAACAAUUUCUGGAUUCGUUUAUAACUCGAGCAGAUGAUCUAUCCGAAGAUAUUAAUACGGAAUAUCGUUUAAGAACUUUCACUUUCCGAAUUAAAAGUCAAGAUUCGACAGAGAAUUCUUGAGAAGUCAGAUUUAUCUUAAGCUGAGAGAAAAAUAUUUGAAUUGUAUGAAUCUCGAGAUUGAUGAAAAAUUAAGGAAAGUGCUCGAAGCGGUUACGCAGGAAACGAGACGAAUCUUGUUUCAUAACGAAAACUGUCUUAACGGAAAAUAAGUCUUUUCUGAUAGCUACGAAGUGAAAGGAAACGGUGAUGAAGCUAAAUUCGCAUUAAAUAAAAACUACGUAGAUACAAGGACAUAAAGGAAAUUAGAAACGAUGAAUUUGCUCCAAAGAACUAAAGUGAAUAUAAAGACAUGAAGGCAAAAAAAACGAAAGCUUCGUCGAUAGAAGAUCUCACUCAGUUUAUAUUUGUUUAAAUAUUUUGAAAUAUAAAUGAAAUAAAGUAAAAUUUGCCAACAGUGUCCAAGAUACUUAUUUAGGCGAAGAGGAAAGAGUCGACAGAAUUCGAGAAGAGAAGAUUUCUUUAACAAUGUAAGAUAACAGUUUCUAGCAAGAGGCCGUGAAAUUCGCAAUCGUAAAAAGUGAAAAUACUCCUUUCAUUACGAUGAAACGUGAUAAGAAAACAGAAAAAAAUGCACAUGAGAAGAAAAAAAUCUAGCAAAAAAAUUAAUCACAAGAAAGAAUUCAUCGAAUGACAUUGCUCCAAAGGAAAAGCAAUGAGCUUCUUAAUUAAAAUUCGGGCUUCGAGCUUCUUACUAAAAUUACACGUAUUCAUUCGAUAAAAGAAAGAAAAAAAACGGUAGAAAGAAUUCUCAUCUUCGAUAGUCUGAACCGUUAUAUCUGAAAUACUGAUAUUCGGAUGAAAAAAAUCUUGUUCACCGUAUAGAGAUAACCCACGAAAACAAUACGAAUUGAUCCAGUAGGUCAAUGGCUGAGCCCUUACUUGUUAGUCGAAUGGAAGCCUAUUAGAGGCGGUCGUGCGUGAAACAAAAGUGGAAGCGAGCAUCGUCGAGGUGAGUCGACUAUGCCAAUUGUUCAGCUUCGUCUCUGUCGCAGACCAAAUCUACAUAAUAUGGCAAUAAGUAUUAUCAAUUUCUUCAUAGCUGUAUUGAUACAGAAUAAAUGAAGCAUAUUCCUAUCUCUGCGUACACUACCUCUGGAAUUGGCAAUUGCUACAACUGAAGGAUAGUAAAAAAUAACAAAAACUAUUAAACGUUUAAGUAUAAUGAUUAAUAUAGAAAGAAUACGUUCUUGUUUGGCACAUGUUAAAUCGUAGAAGUGAUUUAAUACAAGUGUAACUCGUGAAAUAUCAAGUGAUUUCAAAUAUUUAAAUUAUGUUCGUCCUAAAUCUCAUCAAUUGAAUUAAAAUAUGGUGGUAAUGUCUUUAAAUUACGAUUUGUGAUUAUGUGUGUACGAGUAUUGUUCUUAAUAAAAAAAGCUAAGUGCCGAUAAUAAAUAAGAAUUUUAAAUAAACGCGUAAAAUCGUACUUAUUCGGUCUAAAUCAAGUGAAUAUCAAGAAAAAAUAUGUGUAUUUAAAAAUUUACUGUUAAUCACUAAAUUAAUGAAAAAAAUGCAGACCCUCGAAGUUUUCAUGAAUUCGACUCCUGACCCAUGGAAUAUGACAUCACUAUUGGAAAAUUAUACUUAUUACAAUAACACAAACAUUACAGAUUUACAAUUGAGAAAUCAAUUUAUACUUCCAUGGUGGAGACAAAUGAUUUGGACAUUGUUGUUUGCGGGAAUGAUCGUCGUGGCAACUGGUGGCAAUCUGAUAGUCAUUUGGAUCGUGUUAGCGCAUAAACGGAUGCGCACAGUCACUAACUAUUUCUUAGUAAACUUGAGCAUCGCAGAUGCGAUGGUAUCUACACUGAAUGUCACGUUCAAUUAUAUCUACAUGUUGAACAGCCAUUGGCCCUUUGGCACACUGUAUUGCAAGAUAUGUCAAUUCGUCGCUGUACUUACUAUAUGUUCCAGUGUCUUUACUUUAAUGGCAAUUUCUAUAGACAGAUACAUGGCCAUCAUGAAUCCAUUGAGACCUCACAUGGGUAAAAGAGCUACCCUCUGUAUAGCGAUCUUCAUUUGGAUCGUAGGAGUUAUCCUCUCGCUACCGAUGCUAUUCUUCUACACGACAUACACUCAAAAUUUCGCAAACGGCGAAAUACGAGUGAUCUGCUAUGGAGAGUUUCCCAACAGAGAUGACAAUGGUCUCAGUUACGACGAAUACCUAUACAAUGUGAUCUUCAUGAUAUUGACAUAUGUUUUACCAAUUGGAUCGAUGACGUUCACAUACGCCAGAAUUGGUUUGGAGUUAUGGGGUUCGCAAAGCAUUGGCGAAAAUACUGCAGGACAAUUGGAAGGUAUACGGAGUAAACGUAGGGUUGUGAAAAUGAUGAUUGUGGUGGUAGUAAUAUUUGCAGUAUGCUGGCUACCUUUCCACGUGUACUUCAUCAUAACAUCAUAUUUCCCGGAAAUUACGAACGAACCAUAUAUACAAGAAGUUUUUCUAGGUAUUUACUGGCUCGCAAUGUCUAACAGCAUGUACAAUCCCAUAAUCUACUGCUGGAUGAAUUCCAGAUUUCGACGAGGAUUUGCUCACUUUUUCUCCUGGUGUCCAAUGGUACAUGUUCCUGUGGAGUCCACCUUAUCGCGAUCCGAAGCAUUAACGUCUCGAUACAGUUGCACCGGAAGUCCUCAAACUAACAUCAGGAUAUCACGGAACGGCACAUCACGAAUACCUUUGUACCUACAAUCUUCGAGAGGAGGAAAAGAUCGGUUUUUGACUCAACACAGAGGGAGAAAGUGGAAAACUUCGAACACUAUGGACCAUGUAUCUUGACAAGAGGAAGAAGACCCUCAACAACGAGUACACACCUGGAUAUAAGACUACAUAUCCUAAGCGCGCAGCCAACUUCUUCAAAAUUUAUCUGAUGCAAAUGAAAUGAAAAAGGAACGAAAUGUCGAUUCCCUUUUACUAUGCAACAACCAAAACAAAAGCUCAAGUAUUCACUUUGUUCAAUACAAACGCUACCUGCUAAAUAUUAAAUAAUAUUUUCGUCUUGGUGUAAAGCAUGAAUGUCCAACCUUUUAGAUCUUCUGGGUCUCAUUGGCCAACAAAAAUUUGUUGAGUGCCGCAAAUAGUUUACGAAUUUUUUCAUUAGUUAA